AGGGGAGCCCCGGACGGCUGGGUCACUCGGAGCCCCAUGGCCGCGCUGGGGGCCCCGGCGCUGGCCCGGUGGCCCAGGCUGGUGGUCGCCGGCCGCCCCCUGCACGUCGGGGCCCCGUCCCGGGCCGGCCACAACCGCUGGUCCAAGGUGAGGAACGUGAAGGGCCCCCGCGACGCCGCCCGCAGCCGCCUCUUCCAGCGCCUCGGCCUGAUGCUGCGCUCGGCCGCCCGCGAGGGGGGCACGGACCCGGCGCUCAACGCCCAGUUGGCCAACGUGGUGGAGCAGUGCCGGGCGAAGAACAUGCCCAAGGCCUCCAUUGAGGCGGCCAUCCACGGCGCGGAGAGGGCGGCGGCGGCGGCGGCCCGGCUGCUCUACGAAGCCCGUGGCCCCGGCGGCUCGGCUCUUCUCCUGGAGGUCCUCACCGACAACCCCCGGCGGAGCCAGCAAGACGUCCGGCUCAUCCUCACCCGCCAUGGGGGAACGAUGGCCGAGGGGGCACGACAUGGCUUCGAGCAGAAGGGGGUGGUACGCGUGGGGCCACGGGACCUUCGCGGCCACGCCGUCUCUCUGGAGGCGGCGCUGGAGGCGGCGCUGGAGGCCGGGGCCCAGGACGUCUGCCCAGAUGAGGAGGAGGAGGAAGAGGAGGAGCCAGUGCUGAAGUUCAUCUGCGAGCCCUCGGCCUUGCGGACCGUGCGGGAGCGCCUGGAGGCCUCGGGGCUGCGCCCGCUCUCGGCCGCCAUCGAGUACCUGCCCCGGGACCGGGUGACGCUGCCCGAGGGGACGCGGGAGCAGGCGCAGCACCUCCUCCAGGCCCUCGGCGACUGCCCCGACAUCGUCCGCCUCUACCACAACAUCCGAUAGGCGGCGGGGGGUGGGAACGUGGUCCCAAUAAUUGGGGUCACGUUGCCCCCCCCCCCCCCAGUAUCUUGUCCCCAUCCCCAUGAUGACAAUAAAACUGUUUUGAGAAGA